UGUUGCUAUGAAUAAUAUCAAAAGAAAUUAAAUGAGAUCUCUCAAUAACAUAUGGUGAAUUAAUCAGUAAAAUACUUGAUGAAAAAUAUUAAUAUAAGUAUGACCUAAUUAAUAAUCAACCGUCUUUCUGAGAUUUUUGGUAAUGUUUUCAUUCUCCUAAUCUUCGCCUGGCCAAGGAAGAAGAAGAAAAAAAAAAACAGAAGCGCUCACUAGGUAGCAAUGCCAAUUUCGCAGUUAUGUCCAAACAUCCAUUCCGUUCCUCAAAUCGUAGCGUGCACCCGCAACGACAAAACGGGAUCGAAAUCCGUUUCGGGGAGACCCAAGGUGAGCCCUCAACUGAACCGUUGGUUCAGAGCCCGAGCCGUACGGUUCGGUCAGAAAUUGGACCGGUCCAGUAUGCGAACUCAGCUACCGGAACCCAACCCUCCUGCACGUCCACUUCCUCUCCCGGUGGACCCAGACGACGCCGUCAAUUUGGACGGCGCAGAUGUCACGGCCGUCAAAUCCAUCUAUAUAGUCUCCGACGGAACCGGCUGGACCGCCGAACACUGCGUUAACGCCGCUUUGGGUCAGUUCGAUUACUGCUUGGUCGACCGUGGCUGCCCCGUCAGUACCCAUUUGUUUUCUGGGAUUGAUGAUACGGAGAAGUUGUUGGAGAUCACAAAGCAAGCAGCGAAGGAAGGUGCUUUCCUUGUGUAUACUUUAGCUGACCCAUCAUUGGCUUCAACUGCAAAGCAGGCAUGUAAGUUAUGGGGUGUGCCUUACACUGAUGUAUUGGGACCCAUUACAGAGGCCAUUGCUUCUCAUUUGGGUGUUUCUCCCUCUGGCCUUCCUCGUGGGGCUUCUGGACUCCCCCUCUCCGAUGAUUACUUUCGUAGGAUUGAAGCUGUUGAGUUUACCAUCAAGCAAGAUGAUGGAGCGUGUCCCCAGAAUCUGGCCAAGGCUGACAUUGUUCUCACCGGCGUUUCACGCACCGGCAAGACCCCCUUGUCGAUUUAUCUGUCUCAGAAGGGGUACAAGGUGGCCAAUGUGCCCAUUGUCUUGGGCGUGGGAGUGCCAAGGACUCUGUUUGAGGUGGAUCCAAAGAAAGUUUUUGGUUUGACUAUAAAUCCUCUUAUCUUACAGAAUAUUAGAAGAACAAGGACUAAAACUAUGGGAUUAAGUUCUGAUGGUAGGAGUAAUUACUCGGAGAUGAAUUAUGUUAGGGAGGAGCUUGAAUUUGCGGGAAGGCUCUUUGCACAGAGCCCUCUUUGGCCAGUCAUCGAUGUGACUGGAAAAGCCAUAGAAGAGACUGCAGCAGUUGUAUUGAGGCUGUACCAUGACAGGAAGCACAAAUGCAUCAUGCCAAGGAUCUCAAAACGCUAUUAGAGAUGACAACUUUUUCUCUUGAACUAUAUAGAUUGUAAAGUACCAAAACUGUAUAGUAUUGUGAUUAUGAUUAUGAUGCUGAGUUCCGAGUACUCAUAAAUUUCAUAUACCAUUUACUUGUGGCGGUAUACUUUAGCUAAACAGGUAUGUCUUUCUUAGGUGUUAUAUAUCAUUACAUGUAUAUGGUCAGAUGCUACUAUCAACUUCAAAACUUGUAUCAUAAGUCAAUUCUAAGAAAGAGUUGAACAAUAUCUUGGCCCAACUGCCGAAAAGGUGUUUUGCUCUGUUGAACCUACUAAUCAAUUGCAAAACUGCUUUCAAAAUA